GCCAAUCGGUCCCCUCCCACACCCUACUCCGAGGGGUUGGGCAAUAGAGGAGAGGUUGGGGUUGGAGCAGCAGUGAGGGGGCCCCUCCCCGCAUCUCCCCCCCCCCACCAGACUUGGUCGCGCCCGAAGUGUAACACUUUCUCUUUGUCGGAGGAGCUCCUCUGUUUCCUGUGCAGCAGCUGUAGCAGCCCUGGCGGACGAAGGAGCAGGAGAGAUGGCAGCUGCGGAUAUAGCUCGCCAGGGCGAAGGUUGCCGAACUGUCCCCCUGGCUGGACAUGUGGGGUUUGACAGCUUGCCUGACCAGCUGGUGAAUAAGGCAGUCAGCCAGGGCUUCUGCUUCAACAUCCUGUGUGUGGGGGAGACAGGUUUGGGCAAGUCCACCCUCAUGGAUACCCUGUUCAACACCAACUUUGAGGGGGAGCCAGCCACCCACACACAGCCAGGGGUUCAACUCCGAUCCAACACCUAUGACCUCCAGGAGAGCAAUGUGGGGCUGAAGCUCACAAUUGUGAGCACCAUGGGCUUUGGGGACCAGAUCAACAAGGAGGACAGCUACAAGCCCAUCAUGGAAUUCAUCGAUGCUCAGUUUGAAGCCUACCUGCAGGAGGAGUUGAAGAUCCGGAGAGUACUGCACACCUACCAUGACACCCGAAUCCAUGUCUGCUUGUAUUUCAUUGCCCCAACAGGACAUUCGCUUAAGUCUCUGGAUCUAGUAACCAUGAAGAAGCUGGAUAGUAAGGUGAACAUCAUCCCCAUCAUUGCCAAAUCAGAUGCCAUUUCUAAGAGUGAGCUGACAAAGUUCAAGAUUAAAAUCACCAGUGAACUUGUGAGCAAUGGAGUCCAGAUCUAUCAGUUCCCCACGGAUGAUGAGUCGGUGUCUGAGAUCAAUGGAACCAUGAAUGCCCACCUGCCGUUUGCUGUUAUUGGCAGCACAGAAGAAGUAAAGAUAGGCAACAAGAUGAUGAAGGCACGACAGUAUCCAUGGGGGACUGUGCAGGUUGAAAACGAGACCCACUGCGAUUUUGUGAAGCUGCGAGAGAUGCUAAUUCGGAUCAACAUGGAGGAUCUGCGGGAGCAGACCCACACCCGGCACUAUGAAUUGUACCGCCGCUGUAAGCUGGAGGAGAUGGGCUUCAAGGACACCGACCCUGACAGCAAACCAUUCAGUUUACAGGAGACAUAUGAGGCGAAAAGAAACGAGUUCCUAGGGGAGCUCCAGAAAAAAGAAGAAGAGAUGAGACAGAUGUUUGUCCAGAGAGUCAAAGAGAAAGAAGCUGAGCUCAAGGAGGCAGAAAAAGAGCUGCAUGAGAAAUUUGACCGUCUGAAGAAACUGCACCAAGAAGAGAAGAAGAAGCUAGAGGAGAAGAAGAAAUCCCUGGAUGAUGAAGUGAAUGCUUUCAAACAGAGAAAGACAGCAGCUGAGCUGCUCCAGUCUCAGGGUUCUCAGGCUGGAGGCUCACAGACUCUGAAAAGAGACAAAGAGAAGAAGAAUUAACUCUGCUGUUUGCUGCAUGCUGCAUGAGACCCAGGGUCCUGCUUUUUUUAACCUUGUCUUCAGCAGCUGUACUAAGUCUAAAGGAGAAGACUGCCAUUCUAGAAGAGUUAGUUAGGGCUUCAUAUUGUCUCAAGCAAGAAACCAACCAGUUCCCCUCCCCUGCAACUGCGCACAUAUACACCACACUCAACAAGUGUACAUGUGUCCCUGUGUCCAGGCAAGAAGCUCUCUUCUGACUCACAUGGUGUUUUACAUGGAACUGUCUUGUCCUAAACUCACAAGGCAGGAAAAGAAUCAUCAGAGCUGGAAAUGGACCAAAUGUAACCUCAGAGAGACAACGACAAGACUUACCCAAGUGUUAAGUGACUGGGGCAGGAGACCUCAGCUGUGGGUGUAGAAGUACUGUUCACACGGUUUUGAGUUUGAUGUUUGUUCGUUUUAUUUUUUUUUAAACACUUCUCUGGUUCUGACUGUCUUCAAGCACUAUGAAACUGAUUCUGAAUAUGGACAAGAAAGUUGAGUGACAUUUGCGUCUUUGGCUUUCACAGGCUGUCUGCAGACCCCAGCAAGGAGGGAGAAAUGGAGAAAUUAACAUUCAGCUAGAGAAAGACAUGAGGGGGUUUUGAGCUUAGUGAGAGCAAAGCUUCUCGACACAAACUUCCAAGUUGCUUUGGAGGUUUUACAAGAGGCUUCUGCUCAACUUGGUAUCUGGAAGGAGAGCUUUGAUGUCGGUACAUCUGCCUUGAAUUCAUUGGCUUUACUUAACAUAUGAAUACCAUGUGAAUGUGCUCAUUGCCACGUAUUCAUCCCACAAACACCAACAUUCUGCCAUUCUGUCUCCCCGAGAGAGCCUCUUUGCAUGUUUUCCAGAAUCUGUGUUUGUUUUCCUUUCUUUGUGGUUCUUUUUGCUCCAAGGUGUGACCAGUCACUUCCCCUCUGGGGCUUUCAUUUUCCAUGAGCUACUUCCCAGAGCCAGCACUGUUUAGCUCAUUAUCUUUCUAAUGUCCAUGUCAGUUUUCAAUAAAAUUCAAAGAAAUGGCUCAGUGGCUCUAUGAUCUGCUCCCAUCAGUUGGUGGCAUGGCUCACCACAGUUCGCUUUAUAAUGGAUGGCCACCUCCUGAGUAAAUAAGUUGGGAGGCUCAGAGAGAUUCCAUGAACCCACUAAGUUUUCCUCCUCGGUGCACUGCCAUGCCUUUCCUUUCUUCUUCCUGGGUCUGGAAUUCCAAUGGGACAGGGUGGGUAUUAGCAAGUACUCUUCUGCUUUUCCUUUAAUUAGCAUUGUUUAGACUAAUCAAAUGAACUGAACUGAGCAUCAGAGAGUAGGGGGUAGGGUGAACACAGAAAAUGGCAUUCCACAGAAAAAAGAUCCAGGUAAGUUUUAAUUAUGAAACCAAAACAGCUCUUUGUUACUUCCUUCAUUUACUCCUGUGAUGUGAAUCUCCUAAUUUCCUGAGUUGAAAGGCAUUCUGUAGAUACUAAGCCUUGAGUCUCUCAGGGAUGCCUCCAUGGCAUUAAAGUGGGCAAAAGGGAAAGACGUCAGAGAUAUCAGUUUUCAUAAAUCUGGUUGUGAGUAAAGCUUCAUUUGCCUAAUGACCAAAUGCUGAAGAAAAGACCAGGGAGUCUUCUCCGUAGGAAAACCUGGAAGCCUCUGCUUGGUUACCAGAGUAAACAGCAUUGACCUGCCUCUACUCAGCGCGCACACUAGGGGGCAGCAGAGUCCCCUAUGACAUUGCUGAACAUUGAUGAUCCUGUGGAGGUGUGGGAAAAUACAGAAUUCUUAGCCUGUUGGAACAGGGGGAAAGUUACGUUAAGGAAGCCAAAAGCAGAUUGAUGAUACGGUAAAAUGCCAAACCAAACUAUCUGAUUUCCAUCCCUGGGACACACAUGGUGAAAGUAGAUGCCUGAUUCCUUGCAAGUUGUUCUCUGAUCUCCCACACACAUGCCCUGGCACUCUACUUCCACCCCCUCACAGAAGAAGAACACCAAAAUCUGAGUUUGAAGCCUUGGGUUCCGUUUCCACUACUAAAAAUAAUAAAAUCCCCAAACUCCAAAAAGCCAGUGAUGGUGUCACAUUCUUAUAAUCUCAGCAUUCAGAAAUUGUAGGGAAGAGGAUGUCUUGUCUGACCAAACAUAGUGAGUCCGGGGCCAGUCCGGGUUACUUAUCCAGACCCUGUCUCAGUAAAUCCAGCGGGGGUUGGGGGUGAGGCUUCUCUAGAAAAGGAGAGUACCAGAAAAUCCUUUCUAGAACUAAUACACAUUGAAGAUACAAAGUAUCUGAGCAUUAGGGCCAACAAGAUGCCUGAGCAGGAAAAAAGUGUCUUUGGCCAAACUUAAUGACCCGAGUUUGACCCCUCAUAUGGUGGAUAUAGAGAACUGACACAUGCAAUUGUCAAUUCUAAAUUUAAGUCAUGUGCCGUGGUUCGGGCAAAUGUGGGAACAAACUCACUAAAUAAAUGAAAAUGAAAAACAUCAUUCAUAGGUGAAGCUGGAGAGAUGACCCACAUGUUAAGAGCACUUAGUGCUUUUGUGAGGACCAGGUUCCUAAGCACACAAGCUGGGUCAGGAGUUCACAUCUGCCCCUGUAACUACAGCUUCAUGGGCUCCCUCUCCCUCUUCUGGCCUCUGAAGCUCCAGAAUUCAUGUGCACACAUACACAUAAUUUAAAAUAAUUUUUUUAUAGUAGAUCUUAUUUUUUGAGAACAUCCAUAUUGCUUUUCAUACUCCUGGACCACAUUACCUUCCAAAUAACAGUAUAUAAAGGUCCUAUUUUAUCCAUAGCCUUGCUGGCAUUUGUUCUUAUUUGUUUUCUCUCUUUUAAGUUUAUUUAUUUAUUUAUAAAUUAGUUUAUUAACUUUGUAUCCCAGCUGUAGCCCCCUCCCUCAUUCCUUCCCAAUCCCACACUCCCUCCCUCAUCUCCUCCCAUGCCCCUCCCCAAGUCCACUGAUAGGGGAAGUCCUCCUCCCCUUCCAUCUGACCCUAGCCUAUCAGGUCUCAUCAGGACUGGUUGCAUUGUCUUCCUCUGUGGCCUUGCAAGGCUGCUUAACCCUUGGGGUGGGGUGGGGUGGGAAGAGGUGAUAAAAGAGCCAACCACUGAGUUCAUAUCAGAGACAGCCCCUGUUCCCCUCACUAGGGAACCUGCUUGGACACUGAGCUGCCACAGGCUACAUCUGUGCAAGGGUUCAAGGUUAUCUCCACACAUGGUCCUUGGUUGGAGUAUCAGUCUCAGAAAAGACCCCUGUGCCCAGGAUUUUUUUGUUUUGUUUUGUUUUCAGUUCUGUUGCUCUCCUUGUGGAGCUUCUUUUCCCUCCAGGUCUUUCAUCUCCCCCUUCUUUCUUAAGAUUCCCUGUAUUCUGCCCAAAGUUUGGCUAUGAGUCUCAGCAUCUGCUUUGAUACCCUGCACAGUAGAAUCUUUCAGAGGCCCUCUGUGGUACACUCUUGUCCUGUUCACUGUUUUUCUCCCUCUUCCGUCGUCUAUCUUGUAUUCCUUUCUGAAUGAGGAUUGAGCAUCUAACCCAGGGUCCUCCUUCUUGCUUAGCUUCUUUUGGUAUACAGAUUUUAGUAUGUUUAUCCUAUAUUAUAUGUCUAAUAUUCACUUAUAAGUGACUAUAUACCAUGUGUCUUUCUGCUUCUGGGAAACCUGACUAGGGAUGAUCUUUUCUAGUUCCCACCUGCAAAUUUGCCUGCAAAUUUCAUGAUUUCCUUGUUUUUAAUGGCGGAGUUGUAUUCCAUUGUGUAAAUGUACCACAAUUUCUGUAUCCAUUCCUCAGUUGAGGGACAUCUGUGUUGUUUCCAGAUUCCAGCUAUUACAAAUAAAGCUGCUACAAACAUGGU